AGAGAGAGAGAGAGUUGAACAAGGGCCUAAGGCUUGAGAGUCCAGCAAUCAAAAUUUACCCUAAUCAGGAAAUACGGAUACUGAUCCUAAAGAAAUGGGAGAGGAGAAGAGAAAGGGGAGCGGCAUGUACAGACAGAUUGGCUUGUGUAGGAAGUGGGAACAGAAGCGUCUCUGAUAGAGAUAUCAAUCUGGGAGAAAGAUAAGAGGAGAGGAGCGUCGUCUCGUCUGUCCCAUUAAUAUUGACAUAAUAAACAAGCAAAAACUUUGUGGGUCGUCGCCUCUUGAAUCGGGGGAUCGGACAGAAAGAAAGGAGCAAGCACUCUGAUAACAGCCACUUCGUCACACAUGAGUUCAACCGUUUCAACAUCUCGAGGAAUACUUCCUCCAGCAAGGCUUGGCACCUGUGACACCCCAAAUACUGGGGCCUCUGAUUCUUUUAGCCAACCUGAAACAGAGUUCAAUGACGGUGAUGAAACUGAGUUACUUUGUGUAUCUUGGAACCAGGACUAUGGUUGCUUUGCUGCUGGCACAAGCCAGGGUUUUCGUAUUUAUAACUGUGACCCAUUCAAGGAAACUUUUAGACGUGAUUUGAAAAGUGGGGGUUUUAAAAUUGUUGAGAUGCUCUUCCGGUGCAACAUUCUGGCACUUGUUGGAGCCAAUUCCCAGUACCCACCAAAUAAAGUUAUGAUUUGGGAUGAUCAUCAGAGCCGAUGCAUUGGUGAAUUUGCAUUUAGGUCUGAGGUUCGUGCAGUGAAAUUAAGACGGGAUCGGAUUGUUGUUGUUCUUGAGCACAAGAUAUAUGUUUACAACUUUAUGGAUCUGAAGCUUCUUCAUCAGAUUGAGACUCUGGCAAAUCCUAGGGGCUUGUGCUGCCUUUCACACCAUUCAAAUGCGUUUGUGUUGGCUUGCCAAGGUCUUCAACGAGGACAAGUUCGAAUUGAACACUUCGGGCUGAAUAUGACAAAAUUGAUUCUUGCUCAUGAUUCAAAUAUUGCAUGCUUCACCUUGACGAUGGAUGGGCUGCUUCUUGCAACUGCUAGUACCAAGGGCACUUUGAUAAGAAUAUUCAACACAAUGGAUGGGACUCUCUUACAAGAGGUACGUAGAGGAGGGAACAGAGCAGAAAUAUAUAGCAUUGCUCUCUCUCCAAAUGUCCAGUGGUUGGCAGUAUCAAGUGACAAAGGCACUAUUCAUAUAUUUGGGCUCAGAGUUAGAGUGGUUGGGGAGGACUCAUCAGCCCAGUCAAAUGCUGCUCAAGGGUUGGCACUGUUUCAGCAGAAUUCUUCGACUUCCCUAGAUGCCCUUAUUUCUCCGAGUACUGGUGCCAACCCUGGUUCAUCAUUAUCUUUCAUGAGAGGGGUUUUACCGAAAUAUUUCAGCUCAGAAUGGUCAUUUGCUCGGUUCCACUUGCCGGAAGACACACAAUUCAUUGCAGCGUUUGGAUCUCAGAACACCAUCAUUAUAGUUGGCAUGGAUGGGAGUUUCUACAGAUGCAGCUUCGAUCCAGUGCAUGGAGGGGAGAUGUUACAGCAGGAAUAUGUACGCUUUCUAAAAACUGAAAGUAGGCCCAGAUAGGGCUCUACUGAUAAUUGCACGAGCAGUUAAUUCUUUCUCAUCGUGUGUAAAUAUGGAGGCUGAACAUAACUGUGAAUAUUUUUGAUGGCUACAAUGUUCUUACUGUAUAUCAUAUAUGGGCAAUGGUGAUGGCAAUAAUUGCUUUAA